AUGAAUUACAAUAGUAGCAACAAUAAUUUUCCUCCUGGUGGUGGAAUGCGUCCUCUUGGUGGCGGAAUGGGUCCUCCUGGUGGCGGAAUGGGUCCUCCACCGGGAUUUGGUUCAGUUCCAAUUUCAUCUAUCCAGAGAAACUUGGCUUUCUAUGGAUACAUUAUUCUUUUCCUCUUUGGCUUUUUCGGUCAUGCUACAAGUGCCACCAUAUUUCUUCAUCAAACCCUUCGUAAUGUUUCGACAAGUUGCCUAUUCGUAUGCAUGGUUGCAUCAGAUACAAUCUAUUUGUUAAUGUGUUUCUACGAUUUUGUCUUUCUUGGUCUCGGUGUUCCCACGAAAAAUAGCAAUCUUAUGAAUUUAUUGUGUCGUUUUUAUUCAUUUAUUCAAUAUUUUUCUAUGUGCUGCUCAGCUUGGCUCUUAUUAGCCAUUGCAAUCGAUCGAUGGCUUCGUAUUCGGUUUCCUUUUCGAGUAAAAGAACUCUGUACGAGAAAAAGAGUACUCAUUGGUGCAUCCAUUCUGUGCAUUUGUUCGAUUGCACUCAAUUCCCAUUUAUUGCUGCCAUCAAUGGGUGCUGUACCUGGCACCAUCGCGUGUACUCCCAGCCCCUCAUCAAGCGCUACGUACCAAUAUUUUUACUCGAAAAUUUGGUCUAUUCUAAUAACCAGCCUUCAAAUAGUCUUGCCUACAAUAUUUCUUCUCAUAUUCAGUAUUAACAUAUUCAUUGGACUUCAUCGUCAACAACAACAAAAGCGACAAUUGAAACCGGGUCGUCGUCGUAAUUUUCUUGAUCGACAAAUGUUAAUAAUUAUGCUUACUAGUAUCUUUCUCUUUUUUGUCACACAAAUUCCGUUAGGACUCUUCCAUAUUCUUAUGAUUUAUGUUCUUCGACCGAGACUUUCGUUACAACAACAACUUGACUUGAAUACUAUUUCUAUUUUCGUUGCUUCGAUCAAUUAUUCAGCUUCAUUCUACAUUCACUGCUUAUCGAGUCGACUGUUUCGUCAACAGUUUUUCAAUGUAAUACAUAUUAUUCGUAAUCACCGUGUAGGUAUGGUAACGCAAAUAUUGGGCCCUGAAGCCAUUCAAACACAAACACAAACACAAACUCAACUAACUCGUUUACAAAGAGGAAAAUCCACAAAAGCAUAG